CACGGGCACUGGUGUUCAGACAGAUGUUUCCAGUUUGUCUACUUUCCUCCUCUACUUUGGAUGCCUCUACUGGCUACAGAUGAUGGUUACUUUCUAGCCUCGCUGCAAAUAAAGCUAAGAUGAGUUUGACAGCAAAACCGGCAAAGUCUUCCAAGCGGAGAUGCUCAAGAGAUUUCUUACCACCGUAAUAUUGUUCAAUACUGCACUGAAGCCAAAAGAUGGUAAUGAUGAUGCUGACGAGGAGGAGGAGGUCUUGCCAGGUGAAAGGGGAUGUGAUGUGCACGAUCCUGCUGCUAGUGCUCUUCUGCCUGUUGUUCUAUGUGCGACAGGUCCUUCUGUCCUCUAACUCGGACAAACCUGCAUGGAAGUUGGAGAUCAUUCGUCCCACCAGCUCAAGUCGGAACCUGCUGGGAACCAACACCGCCAAAGUGGCCAAGAAGUCUCCAAGGCAGUCCCCAGUCAGCCACUCUGAGCCUCAAAUCCUGCUCUCAGAGCGCAAGUCCAAAAAACCCCAGGCCAAGUCCAAAGCCGAGUCCAAAUCCCCCAAAAAAUCCAAGUCGCGACAGAAGAAAGCAAAGCCGACCAAGCAGACCAAAGUCCCUCUGCCCACGAUGCCACCGUUUGACUUUGAGGGCUACCUGAGAGCGAAGGACAACCGCAACUUCAAGCUGCUGAUCAAUCAACCUGAGAAAUGUCAGAUGGGAGGAUGGGAACAAGCUGGAGGGAGUCACAUGAGCGACCUCUACAUGCUCAUCGCCGUGAAAUCCAUUGCUGCAGAUUUUGAUAAACGGCAGGUGGUGCGUAGGACGUGGGGUAAAGAGGAUAGCUUGAUCCGUACCGUCUUUUUGCUGGGGGUCCCCAGGAACCGGAGCGCCUUGCCUCUGUGGGAUCAGCUGCUGACCUAUGAGAGUCAAACCUUCAAAGAUAUCCUCCUGUGGGACUUUGAGGACACCUUCUUCAACCUGACACUGAAGGAAACUCACUUUCUAGAAUGGGUCAAUAGCACCUGUCCACAUGUCAGGUUCAUCUUCAAGGGUGAUGCGGACGUGUACGUGAACAUAGAAAACAUCAUGGAGCUGCUCCAAAGCCAAAAGUUUGACCAGGAUCUUUUUAUCGGGGAUAUUAUCAUCAAUGCAAAACCCAUUCGUCGCCGCACUUCAAAGUACUUUGUCCCAGAGUUUGUCUAUGGAGCUGCUUUGUACCCGUCUUACGCCGGGGGAGGAGGCUUUGUCAUGUCGGGCUACACCGCACGCCGUCUCAGCUCCGCCUGCCAGCGAGUGGAGCUAUUCCCCAUCGACGACGUGUUUCUGGGAAUGUGCCUCCAGCUGAUCGGCAUCAAGCCGUCACGCCACCAAGGUUUUCGAACCUUUGGGAUUCCCCGUCCGUCCGCCGCACCGCACCUCCAGACAUUCGACCCGUGUUUCUACAGGGAGCUCAUGGUGGUCCACAGCCUCAGCGUGCCCCAGAUAUGGCUGAUGUGGAACCUUCUGCACGACCCCAAACUAAGCUGCCACAACAGAACCAGACCGACAUCCGGACCCUUCAGGUGGAGGGUAAAAGAAAGAGAGAGUGAUUAUGGCGAGGAGCGGAUGUUUGUCUCGCAUGAUUAACUCACUGUCCGCUUAGAAGAGGAGGAGAAAAAAGGCUGCUUUUGCAAAGCACAGGUGGGUCACAUGACACCUUGGCCAAGUUAGCGGAUUAUGUGAAGUGAAAAAAUUGUUUUUUUCCAUUAAGGAGGAACAUUUUCUGCCAGGGCCAACGUGUUUAUGAGAUGUUGCCUCAUAGUCAUGUGGCUGACAUAAAACACUGAAUGCUCUCAAUGUGCUGUUUAACAAUUGACAAGACAUUCCAAAAAGUAGGACUGACUUUUCAAUGCAGCUUUGGGAUGAGCUGACAAUUGAUUGACAAUUGAUGGCUGAUUAAUGCCGUCUUGGAGUGAUUAAGGCAAAAUACUGCUUGGCUUCACCAACAGAGGUUUCUCCUCCAACAGCGUUGUUUUGCACAAUAUGACACGAAAAGGUCAGAACAUUCUUCCACCCUUGGAGUUCAACCUGGCACUUGUAGAAAAUGAAGAGUAAAUGAGUUAGAAAACGGCUAAGGCGAUGUUAUGCUGGGUGUGUAGUAAUAACCAACACGAACGCGUUACUUUCCAGUCAGCAUCUUUAUUCCCGUACCUGUAUUUACCUACAUUACAUUUUUCUUCUCCUCACCUCUCCGCAUCUCUUCCAUCUCACUCACUACGCCAUCUAGAGGCUGUACAAUGUAACUGAAAUAACUAUGGUUAACUCAAUGCAGUAGUGAACACAACAUCUCCUCCUUUCAAUAAAGGUGAAUUCCUUCAUAACAAAACUUACAAUUGCUUUUGUAAUUGGAUUCAAGUAACACCAUGCCUAUAAUAUUUUGGAAGUAAUAAAAUGACAACCAAUCAACCAUUACAGCAGCAUUUAACCGUAUGUAAAUUGCAUACCAAACAUUUUCAUGCAUAAAUUCUUUUCUUUUCCUUAACAACUAGCAAAAGGCAUGUUUAUGCAACUUCUUUAGUACAUGACAUAGUCCUUAGUCCAGUUAGGUGGUUGCCUACACCUCUCAGGUCUACUGUCCAUAUUUGUCUCUCGUUCAGAUUCGGUCUGUACAGUGUCAUUGUCCAUAGUGGUCACUUGUGGUAGUACAGAAAGGUGUGAUGCAUUCCAGACUCUACCAUCAUCCAACAGGUAGGUGUAUGGGCUUUUCUUCCGCACCACAGUUCUUGGCUUUGUGAAAUUUUGUUGUCCUUUCUUUACCUUCCAUGGCUUCCGAAUCCUGACCUGAUCACCAGGGUUGAAGGAUGUCUUCUUUGCACUCCUCUUCCUGUCUGUGUACUGUUUUGCGUAUUCCUGUAUCUUUUUAACUCGUUCACGCACCACAUUCUCGUUUACGUGGACAGGAGUCAUAUCCAUGAUUUGGAGUUUUGUUCUCAUUUGUCUUCCAUGAAGCAGCUGUGAGGGGCUCACUCCAGUGGUUGAGUGUGGAGUAGCUCUGUAAUCCAUAAGAAAGGACCUUGUGAAUGGCUUCCAGGGUGUCCCUUGUAUAGAAGCAGUCUGGAGGCAGUCUUUGAGCACUCUGUUGAACCUCUCAACUUCUCCAUUUGCACGGGGAUAAUAUAGAGAUGAUUUCAGGUGCACGAUUCCUCUUUGUUUUAGGAAAUUUGCGAAUUCAGAUGAUGUGAACGGAGUACCAUUGCAACUCACUAACUCUUUUGGAUUACCUUCCCGUGAAAAGGUUGCUAUGAGGAACUGGAUGAUUGUUGCAGUAUCAAUCUGUGCCACAAAAGCUACUUCUGGCCAUUUGCUGAAGUAGUCCACAAGCGUUACAGCAUAUCUGCAGUCUCUUGGUGCAGAUUCAAAAGGACCAACGAUGUCAAUUGACACUUUUUCCCAUGCGGCAUUGGGCAAAGGCACAGGUUGGAGUGGGGCAUUAUAGGUAGUAACUGACUUGUCAUUUUGUCUGCAUGUAUUACAGUCUUUGAUGAGUGAUUCAACUUGUGCGUCCAUUU